AUGCCGACUACACAACAAGAAAGAACAGCUGCACAAGUGGAUUUUUAUGGAAUAGCUCGUUUUCCAAGAGUUACUUCUGCCUUAGAUUGUACGCAUGUUAAAGUACAAUCCUUUGGGGGCAAUGAUGCAGAAGUAUUUAGGAAUAGAAAAGGAUUCUUUUCUAUAAACGUACAGGCCGCUUGUGAUGCUCAAUUGAAAUUUACGAAUAUUGUGGCACGAUGGCCGGUAGCUUCUCACGAUUCGACAAUCUUCAGGAAUUUCAGACUACAUGCUCGUCUCAAAGCUGGAGAGUUUACAGAUGGUUUGAUCUUGGGAGAUGGAGGUUACGCAUUAAAACCAUACCUUAUUACUCCAAUACAAAAUCCUAACACUAAAGCAGAGAUUUUAUUCGACGAGUCACAAAUAAGAACUCGCAGCACUAUUGAACGCAAGUUCGGGGUUUGGAAACGGAGAUUUCCGUGUUUGGGGACAGAAAUGCGUUUUUCGGUAAAUCAUGUACUUCCUGUCAUAGUGGCAACUGCUGUUUUGCACAACAAAGCACGAAUGGCUGCAGAACCGAUGCCUCCUGAUGAUUUACUUUUAAAUAUUGAAUGGAAUAUACUAUUAAAUGAAGAUCUGCAAAAUCGCGGAAAUGUGGAACCUGAUGCCGGCGGAACACGCGCACUUCUGCUUCAUUACUUUCAGAGGUAA